GUAGUCUGCAGUGAAGGGUGUAACCUCAAGCCUUCAAAAUCCUUUGGUUGGAAGCAAGAGGAAAUCAGAAAGAAGAACGUGCCUGAAGCACGAGGACCUGCGGGGUACGAAAACAGUGCAGGAGGAACCAUGAAGAGGAACCAGUGGCGCAAAGGAGCAUUGGGAAGCGGCAGCGUCGGCACGAUGAGUCCUUCACACAGCACAAGCCUCGCACUCGCCCUACUGCUCAUCUCAGCCAUAGCCCCCUGCACAGGUGCUCCACCGUUCCUCGAUCUAUCCACUACAGAGAAUGACAAGCUGAUGAACCAGAUAGAUAACGCAUGCUCAUCCCUCCUUCCUGAAGAACGACCCCUCAGGACACUGAACACACUGUGGGAUCUGUGUGACUGGAUGCAGGGAGUGUUGCCUAAAUCUCAGGAGCCGGAAGCCCUAGAAACAACAAAAAGGUUUUUAUUUCAUUACACUAAGCCGAAUACUGGAUUGCCUGAUGGGACGUCUUCUGUGUUCCACCCUCUCCUGCAGCUCAUACCGCAGCUCCAUAACAGAAGACGCAGAAGAGUAGCAUCACAUGAGACCCCACGCCUUAUCCAGAGUAGAGGAUACUUCUUAUAUCGGCCACGUAAUGGUAGACGAUCGACAGAAUAUGUGUUAAAAAAAUAAAUAAUAAUAAUAAUAAUAAUGAAAACAAAAUGGAGAAUUAAAAAGAAAACCCAAUGAACAAUGGAACACUUCCUGAACACCUUCUCUUAACCUGUAUGUUCUGCUGUAAAACUUAGGCAUUUUGUCUUUGUAUCACAACAUGGUCCUUUUCCUGUGGAGCAGCUGAUUAGCCUUUAAGGAGAACCAGAAAACCCUGAGGCACCUAUCUGUGGUCUGCUUAUCACCCCUAUAUGGUGUAUAGUGAUACUAAAUGUACAUAGAGAAUUAAAUCAAAUCUUUUUUUUUUUUUGGUCCACAGGUCUUAAUCGUGUAAACAUGUUGUGUCUUUUAAAUUAAAGUCAUUCUGCAAUGUGA